AUGGGGUUCCUCGGAGUGUACUCGGCUGUGUAUGAUUACCAGCCUCAGGGAGAGGGUGAACUGGAAAUCAAAGAGGGCGACGUGCUCUACAUUUUGGACAAGAACAGUGAUGACGAUUGGUGGAAAGCCAAGAAGAAGGCCGAACGGGACGAUGAGGAUGAGCCGGAAGGUCUAGUCCCGAACAACUAUGUUGAAGAGGCGCAACCAAAACACCAGGCCAAGGGUCUUUUCGACUACACACGGCAAACGGACGAGGAGGUCUCAUUCUCGGAAGACGCCGAGAUCCUGGUCUACGACACGUCAGAUCCGGAUUGGACUUUGGUUGGAGUUGGCUCGGAUUAUGGAUUUGCGCCCGCGAACUACAUUGAAAUCGUGGGAGAUGCUGCUGCUCCAGCCGCUGGUACGACUGCCGUGCCUCCGCCUCCACCAGCUGCUACAGAGCCCGCAGCGCCGUCUCUUCCUACACGACCGACGCAGCCUGCGCCCGAAGAAUACGAAGAGACCCCGUCUCCAUCUCCCAUAAACACUCUGCAAAAUCCCGCGGCGGCCGCGAUUGCGAAUAUUAUUCAUCAGCAGCAUGCACCUCCUAGCGCGCAACCCGAGCCCACGCGAGAGGAGCCGCCACCACCUCGGCUACCAACUCGGCCUUCGCAUGAACAGGAAUAUGAACGGGAAGACUCUCCUCCCCCGGCUCUCCCGCGCCGGCCUCCUUCAGAACAGUUUACCCCGCCAAUGCCUCAGUACGCUCCCGAUCCAUCUCCACCUCCACCUCGUCCUCGGCAGCCAGCUCCUGCCAUGGGUGGCCAUAGCCGGCCUUAUGUCAAAGAGUCCCCUCCAUACAACCGGGCUGGCGAGCUGACACCUCGGUCGCCGUCCGGCUACCAUAUCUAUAACAUCAACGAGAUGGUCGAAGUGAUGGGCAAGCGCAAGAAGAUGCCGACUACCUUGGGAAUCAAUAUGGUCACGGGAAUCAUCUUCAUCUCCCCCGAGGGUGAUGAUCGUCAGCAGGAAUGGUCGGCGGAGAAGCUCACCCAUUACUCGAUUGAGGGCAAACACGUUUUCGUCGAUCUGGUCCGACCCAGCAAGAGCAUCGAUUUCCAUGCUGGAGCCAAGGAUACCGCUCAAGAGAUCGUGGCCGCUUUGGGUGAAAUUGCUGGAGCGUACCGUGCUGAAGGGCUCCGAGAGGUUAUUGCAGCUAGUGAAGGUGGUGGUGCCCAGAAGAAGGGUCAGAUCUUGUAUGAUUUCAUGGCUCAGGGUGACGACGAAGUGACGGUGGCUGUGGGCGACGAAGUCGCUAUCAUUGAUGACACCAAGGCUGAUGAAUGGUGGAUGGUCCGACGCUUGAAGAAUGGCAAGGAAGGGGUCGUUCCCAGCAGCUACGUUGAGAUCAUUGGAUUUAUGCCUACCAUACCUACCCCCGGAGUGGAAUCUGGCAUGUCGACCGUGGAGCGAAACCGCCUGGAGGACGCUCGACUCGCUAAAGCCGCAAUGGGAAAGACCAGGACCGAUUCGAUGGAUUCUAGCGAGGUAAGAAAAGGAUACCCACGACGCUAUUCCCGACGUGUGCCCCCUUUGGAUAUUGACACACGAGUCCCUACCCAGCGCAACAAACGUGACAGCAAGCGCGACAGUAAAUCAGCCAAGUCAAAGCCGGAUCCCGCCAAGGUGAGGAAGUGGACAGAUCGGACCAAGGCUUUCACUGUGGAGGCACAGUACAUCGGCCUACUCGAUGGCAAGAUUCAACUUCACAAGGUCAACGGUAUUAAGAUUGCAGUUCCUGUCGCAAAGAUGUCCGUCGAGGAUCUCGAGUACGUGGAAAAGGUUGCCGGUGUCUCGCUUGACGAAGACAAGCCACUAUCAAGCAUUCGAGCUCGUGGAGCCUCUGACGCCAAGCGAGGCUCUACAGGUGCUUCAGUACAGCGUCCCGACUACGAUUGGUUCGACUUUUUCCUGAAAGCUGGCGUUGGCCCACACCAAUGCGAGCGCUAUGCGCAGAACUUUCUCAAGGACUCUAUGGAUGAGUCUGUGUUGCCUGAUAUCACCCCCGAGACAUUGCGCACUCUAGGGUUGAAGGAGGGCGAUAUUCUGCGAGUCAUGCGCCACUUGGACACCACGCUGGGUCGCACUGGUGCCAAGUCUAAACUUCGCAACGUGAGCUUUGGGGGUGAGGAGGUUAUUGGCAAUGGCGAGGAAGGUGGGCUGUUUGCUGGACCUGGUGGCAUGCUGCGUAACAACACUCGCAAGGGGAGACCCACGCCGGCCGUGCAGGCGGGCGAUGUGGUCGAUCCCAAGGCAUUUGAGCAAGCAGAUGAAUCCAAGCCUAAGGCCGAGGAGAGAGCUGAAACCCCUCCGGCCCCCGCGGCCCCUGAGAAGCCUGUGGCUCGUGGAUUUGAUGACGAUGCUUGGGAGGUGAAGAAGCCCAAGGAGUCUGCAGCUGCAGCUGCAGCUCCUCCUCCUGCCGCAGCCUCGCUCCCAGCUGCUCAACCUCCGAUUCAAAAGCAGGUCACUGGUGCAAUGGCCGACUUGUCCCUUCUUCAAGCCCCGUUGCAGCCCACUCCCACUCAACCCGCUCCCACGCCCUCCGUUUCGACCAUCCCCGCGCUUCAGCCGCAGCAGACUGCUGUGCAAAGCCCACCAGUGCAGCAACCACAGCAGACAGGUGCCACACCCAACUUCUUCAACCAAAUCGCACAAAUUGGCCAGCAUCAGCAGCAGCAGGCCCAGGCCCAGGCAUUCAGCCCUCAACAGACAGGAUUCCAGGCACAGGCCAGACAGCGCCCACAGGCACCACAGAACAUGGCCCAGAACUCCCUUCUCCCACCACCUCCGCCGCAGCGCCCGUUGUCAGCACCACAGAACUUCACGCAGCAGCAGAACUCCUUUGGUCCUCCUCCUUUGCAGCCCCAGCUGACGGGAGUCCCGCAGCCGGGUCCUGCUGUCCCUGGCCAGAGUCUGACCGAGCUGAACCAGCAGCGUUUGCAGCCGCAGAUUCAGAUGCAACCGCAAAUCACUGGCUUCAUGGGCCAGAAUCAGUAUCAGAAUGGAGUUAUGAUGCCUCAGCCCACGGGAUUCACACCCCAGUCGCAAUUUGGCAUCCAGCAGCAACAACAGAACCAGCUGCCAUAUGCUAAUGGCCAGUCUGGCUUCCAGGGCAUGGCUCCGCAGCCCACUGGCUUUGGCGGAUUUGCACCGCCUCAGCAGCCGAUGCCCACUGGCAUCAAUGCCAUGCUACCUCCUGCACUCCAGCCUCAGCCAACUGGUGCUAACGGCUUCGGCACUAACACAUACUCUAUCAAUAACCCGCCCCCAGUACCACCAAUUCCUCAGCAGCCAACAGCCACCCCUCUGACGCCCCAGAAGACGGGACCGGCUCCGCCAAUUAGAUUCGGCGUCAAGCCAGACGCACCCAAGAAGCUUGCUGCUCAGCCGACAGGAUUGCGGGCAAACCUUUCUCAUGCUACGCCCAACAACCCCUUCGGCUUCUAG